AUGAGCUUUAAAGCCGAGCUCAUUAAACGCCUCAGCUUACCUCAAGAACACAAAACGCGUAGACUGUUAGAAUACGAAGAAAUUGGAGACAGAAAACCGUCUCAAUUUUUGUGGCAUCUCCGAGGAUUAGCCGGAAAUGUAGUCGGAGACAAAGUGCUGCAUACAAUCUGGUUGUCCCGAUUGCCCGUAUAUAUACAGUCGCAUUUGGUGACGCGCUCGGAGGAUACCGUAGACCAGUUGGCGGACAUCGCGGAUGCGAUCGUGGAGGCUACCCGGGCGCCAGCUUUUCAGGUCGCGGAAAGUGCGCGAUCUUCGAUGUCGCGGACAGUUCCGGAGGAUGCGAGUGCAAUUGAAGCAAAAAUAAAUGUACAAAUAGCGCAGAUGCGAUUGGCGUUACAACAGGAGAUGGCGGAGCAACUAUCAGCUAUCCGGGCGUCUAUCCAGUCGAUUCGCGAUGCGGGACGCUGCCGGGAUUGCGGCCGAGAUCGCUGCGAGCGUAACUGGCACUCGCGUUCGCGUCCGCGCUUCCACUCGCGGAAUCGUGGACACGCUCCAGGAGCACCGUGCUAUUAUCACUGGCGAUUCGGGACCGAAGCAACACGGUGCGAGCCACCUUGUUCGAUGCAGCAAGCGGAAAACGCGCCAGCUCUUCGUUAG